AUGAAUUCAAUUGAAUAUUUAAAAUCAGAAAAAGAUUUUUCUCAAUAUAAACCUCAACCAGGAACUAGUUUAGCUUCAUCAAUUAAGAAUAAAAUAUCAUUUAUUAAUUUAAAUGAAAUAAAUAAAUCAAUAUCAUCAAAAAAUCAAUCUGAAAAUUAUAAAUAUAAAACCGAAUUAUGUCGAAAUUAUUCAUCAAAUGGAUAUUGUUCAUAUUCAUCUCGUUGUCAAUUUGCUCAUGGAAUAAAAGAAUUACGUUCAAGAAUUCGACAUCCAAAAUAUAAAACUGAAAUUUGUCGAAAUUUUAUAACAGGUUAUUGUAAAUAUUCAAAUCGUUGUCAAUUUUUACAUAAUUAUAAUAAAAUAAAAGAUUUAAAUAAAUUAAAUUAUUCAUCAAUAUUAAAUAAUCAAUUUAAUUAUAUUUAUUUAUUAUUAGAUAAAUAUAAAUUAAAUAAUUAUAAUUAUAAUCAAUAUUUUGUUGAUCAAAAUAAUUAUAUUGAUAUAAAUAUAUCUUAUUUUGAUUAUUAUCUUUAUUUACAAACAAUAUUUUAUUAUUAUUAUCAUCUUCGAACAAAUAAUUCAAUAUAUAUACCAAUUGAACAUUUUUUACAAUAA